CAGUAUUAACUCGACCUGCGGACCGCCAGCAUACCACACGUCGAUUCUUCGCAUACCUUCUCGAGGACCCUCCCGAGGAAGACACUAGACAAACGAUGAACGCGUCCAUUCUCAGAUCUGCCUUCCGCGAAAUACCGCAAAGGCUAACGCGACAACGAAAAAUACAUUUAUGUGCGUCAAGACUCAAUCUCAAUCCAAGCCCCUUGACGCAAUUUACGGAUGAUGAGUUGAUGAUGAAAGAAACUGUCGCUAGACUGGCUAAGGAGGAGAUCUCACCACUUGUACGAAAGAUGGAAAAGGAGGGCAAAGUAGAUGACGGUGUUUUGAAAGCGCUGUUCGAGAAUGGCUUGAUGGGCCUCGAAAUUCCAACGGAUUACGGUGGCGCAGGCUGUAAUUUUAUGAGCACAAUUUUGACCGUCGAAGAAGUCGCGAAAGUUGACGGGGCUGUAGCCGCUCUUGUUGACAUUCAUAACACAUUAGUCAAUUCAUUGAUCAUCAAAGUUGCCUCUGAAGAACAUAAACAGAAAUAUCUGCCUAAAUUGGCGCAAAACUACGCCGGUAGCUUUUGCCUGACGGAACCUGGAUCCGGAUCAGACGCGUUUUCUCUUAAGACCGAAGCGAAAAAGGAUGGCGGCGACUAUGUGAUAAACGGAACGAAGAUGUGGAUCUCGAACUCCGAUAUCGCAGGGGUUUUCUUGGUUUUCGCCAAUGCAAAUACUGCCGCGAAAUACCGCGGCAUCACGACAUUCUUCGUGGAGCGCGAUACGCCCGGUUUGACUGUAGCUAAACCUGAAGAUAAACUAGGCAUUAAGGCAUCCGGAACUUGCAUGAUCCAUUUCGACAACGUCAGGGUACCUGAAAGUAAUAUCUUGGGCGAGUUUGGCCACGGAUACAAGUAUGCGGCUGGAUUCCUCAACGAAGGUAGGGUGGGGAUAGGAGCUCAAAUGAUUGGUAUAGCGCAAGGAUGUUUGGACGCGACUAUACCGUAUACACUGGAGAGGAAACAAUUUGGAAAGGACAUUUUCUCAUUCCAAUCGAUGCAACAUCAAAUAGCUCAGGCGGUAACCGACUUGGAAUGCGCCAGGUUGUUGGUUUACAAUGCAGCUAGAUUGGUAGACGCUAAAAAAGACGUUAUGAAGGAAGCGGCUAUGGCGAAAUUAGUUGCAUCCGAAACGGCAUUACGUGUGACAGCAAAAUGUAUAGACUUUAUGGGAGGCGUCGGAUUUACGACGGACUUUCCUCAAGAGAAAUUUUUCAGAGAUUCGAAAAUCGGCACUAUUUACGAAGGUACAAGCAAUAUGCAGUUGUCAACGAUCGCAAAAUGUAUACGCAAGGAAUACUCGUAAAUUAGUAUAAUCCUUUAAACUUGUUAAUGUUAUGUUUAGCUUAUACAUUAUAUACUUGUAUAAUUUUUAAAAGUGAAUCAUCACUGAUUUUCGAUGUAUAUUGUUUUCCAGUGGCAUAUUUACUGUGAUAAACAGUGAUAAACAGUGAGUAUCUCAAAGUUGUUUCAGUGAUAAUAUAUACUGAUUCAAACAGUGAACAUCACUGAAAGAGUGAAUUUCAGUUCUCAAAACUGUUUGACAAUGAAAUUCACUGUCUUUAACAAUGAUAUUGACACUGUUUGAAUCAGUACAUAUUAUCACUAAAAGUACCUUGAAAUACUCAUUAUUUAUUACAGUUCCAAGUCACUGGAAAAUGAUAUAAACUGAAAAUCAGUGAUGAUUCCACUGAUUUGACUUUCGGAGAGUAUGACAAGAUGUUUUAGAUAAAGUACAUAUAUUAUUUUCUUCAUUUAAAAAAUAUAUAUUUUUGUACUUUUAUAUAUCAUAACUCGAUUAUCAUCAAAUAUAUAAAAGACAUCCAAUUUUGAUCAACAAGUCCUACAAGUAGACAAGUAGUCAAAAUUGAACAAAGUAAAUUUACCACGGUAACAUGUAUAAUAGAGGUACAAAGAUGUGCUACAUGGAAUAAAAUUAAACUGUUUGAUAAUAUCUGUAAUGAUAAA